CCAUGUACGCACGGCUUGACCACACCGGAUCUUCUUCAUCGCCCUGGACGCUUGUCUCAGCCUUAUGCACGCAUACACAGACACACAGUAUCUUAUUCGAGCGUCUAAGCUGCCACAAGGCUGAGGUCGAACCCGAUAGGUUCGAUCCAUGUGAUCCACUGCUGCCGGUCCUCCGUUUCCCUGUUCUUUCUGACCGUUCUUCCCACGAACCGGCUGUUCCUCCACCGGAUGCUGUUCACAGUGCCUCCUGACCAUUUCGUCUGCAUAUCCUAGCAUAUGGUCACAGCAUCCAUUCUCCACGUCACCACACACGCCACGCUCCCCGGAAGGUUCAUCCUUGAAAAGCAUCGAGGCAAUAAGCCGCCUCACCAAAGGGAUUGGCAACGCGGCGCCGUGUCGUAUUCGCUCUACCGGCAAGCACAUGGAACCAAUGAGUUUCAAUCCCAAGGUAGAAGAUGCUGCUUGGUGAGUUUCGUCUCGUUCUGAGCACGGGAAUGCUUCCAUCAGUUUUGAGUAAAGAUGAGAGGACCACCACCACCGUCUCACAGCAGUCUUGCUCGGCAGCCUUGCAGCACCAUAUGCGACUUUAGGUUUACCCACACGUAAGAAUGUGUCACAGAUGAAAGCACCGCCAUGACGACCUCUAGCAUCUGUGAUGCGAAGCACACGAGGGUUGGUGCAAGAGGGUGAUGGUCGACAGAUGACAUUGGGAUACAGCGCUAUGUCGUACAACU